AUCCAAAAUCAGAAAAUCUGUAUCUUAACCGAGAGAGGAUCCGGAACAAAACGCAAGAAACACUCGAUGCCUGGGUAGUUACUCUCCUGUUACAGCUUAGUGACUCUGCUUCACUUGAAUCAUCUCUCUCUCUCUCUCUGCGGUUCUCAUUCACGAUCACGGACCAGUAUCCUGUAGAAAUGGGUUUUGUCUUGCAUUGUUGAGCUUGGUGGUCUAUAAUUUGACGGUAUUGCUGUUAGAAUCUCUGGUUUGGGAAAAUGUUUGGCCGCUUCUCUCGCAGGCGCAUGAAACUUGGCAGAGUGAAGAAGGUGCAGCUGUCAGACUCUGUUCAGGGAGCUAGAAGUCCCUUAAGACUUUCAAAACGGAUAAGCAAAAGUAAUGUUGAAUGUGCUGAACCUACAAAUGAUCAUUCUGAUGAAAUUGACGGCCAAUGCCCAUCGGUUGAGCCCGAGAUUAGUGACAGUACAUCGGGAAAUUCUGAGAAUUGGAUGGUGUUGUCAAUUUCUGGGGAAAAACCCAUACCUCGCUACAACCAUGCAGCAACUGUUAUUGGAAACAGGAUGAUAGUGGUGGGCGGUGAAUCUGCAAAUGGGAUGUUAGAUGAUGUACAGGUGCUUAAUUUUGACAAGUUUAGUUGGAGCACAGGUUCAUCAAAGCUAUACUUGUCACCAAGCAGUAUGCCAUUGAAGAUCCCAGCAUGCAAGGGCCAUAGUCUGGUCUCUUGGGGGAGGAAGGCACUUCUAAUUGGGGGAAAGACUGUUACUGGGAGCGAAAGGAUUUCAGUGUGGGCAUUUGAUACGGAAACAGAGUGCUGGUCACUUAUGGAAGCAAAGGGAGACAUACCGAUUUCUCGUAGCGGUCACACUGUGGUUAUAGCAAACUCUGUUUUAAUCAUGUUUGGAGGUGAAGAUGCGAAAAAGAGGAAACUAAAUGAUAUGCAUAGGUUUGAUCUGAAGUCUUUGACUUGGCUUCCUCUUCAUUGCAAGGGUACAGGUCCAUCUCCUAGAUCCAAUCAUGUGGCAACCCUUUAUGAUGAUAAAACACUUUUUGUGUUUGGAGGAGCUUCAAAGUCUAGGAUGUUGAACGACUUGUAUUCACUUGAUUUUGAAACGAUGAUAUGGUCAAGAAUGAAGAUAAGAGGCUUCCAUCCUUCACCUAGGGCUGGCUGCUGUGGAGUUUUAUGUGGAACAAGAUGGUAUAUAGCAGGGGGUGGAAGCAAGAAAAAACGACAUGCGGAAACUUUAAUAUUUGACAUCUUAAAAGUUGAGUGGUCUGUAGCUGGAGCUUCGCCCCCAUCAUGCGUCACAGCCAACAAGGGAUUUAGUCUAGUACUUGUGCAGCACAAGGAAAAGGAUUUCCUCGUUGCAUUUGGUGGAUUCAGAAAGGAGGCAUCAAAUCAGGUUGAGGUGAUGGGUAUUGAUAGGAAUAAAUCAUCAAUGGGUGGGCAACCUGCUCCCACUAAAUUUGGGGCACCUGCACUUCUUGAGAAACACUCAUCGACUAGUUUAGCUGCACAACUCAGUAAUGGCUCUUCUCAACGUUCGGCUGAUUCUGUUGCAAGACAAAAUUUAGCCUCUGCAAUCGAACAACAUGGUUCUGGUAGAAAAUCUUUGUCAGACUUCACACUUGUGGAUCAAAAUUCUGCUUCAGGCAAUGUCUCACUGCGCAAGAAAUUUCUCAACGGGGAAGAAAGUAAUGCUGCUGUAAAGAUGGCAAAGAAUUCAGAAGAUGCUUGUUCUAUGUUAUCGGUGAUGGAACAGAGUAGUCGUCAAUCUGAGAUGUCAAUUCAGAUUAAUACUGGAGGAAAGAUUACCGCAGAAGAAAUGUCAUUUGCAUUUGAAUCAGAAAAUCCCAACCCUCAUAAUGUAGGAAUUAAAAACCUUUUGGAUGAUAACAAUGAGCUAAUAUUAUCACAAACUGAAAGUAAACCUGAAGCUGCUCUUUCAAGUGUGCAUCAGCUGUAUGAAGCAAAAAUGGUUGCUAUAAUGAAAAAGAACGGAAUUUUAGAAGCGCAACUAGCAGCUGCUUUGGCAAGUCGAGAAGCUGCAGAGAGAAAUUUGUCCUCUGUUGUUAAGAGUAGACUAGAAAUGGAGAAAAAAUUAGGACACACAGUGAGGGAGAUGGAGUUGGUGAAAGAGAGACUGGCUUGUGUAGAACAAGCUCAAGAAGAAGCCAACGACCUAUCAAGUGUUGUCCAUUCUGAUAAUGUAAGGCUGGAGCACGACGUGGCUUUCCUGAAAGCAGUUUUGGAUGAUACGCAAAAGGAGCUGCAUUCAACUAGGGGGGUCCUUGCAGGGGAGAGGGCAAGAGCAUUCCAACUACAGGCCUGGGCGAUGGAAGACAAAGUUGUUAUAUGUGCUGGCCCAAAGCGGACAAACUGUUAUUAGUGUGAAGGGACGAGCUCUUACACAUCUACAGCCCAGCCAAGUGAUAUAUUGGCAAUUGUCAUUCUAUUCAAAUGGACGAGAUUUAGUGCACAUCUAACGACUACCACAGGAUCAGGGGCCGUUAAAUGCAAUUGUUUGCAUCACACAACAUGCUUGUUUUAAUGUUAUUCAUGCUUUGGGAUUGUGUUUCUAGAUCGAUUUCAUCUCCCGUUGUCAUGCAGGUUGAAGUUUUUCAUCUCAAACAAAGAUUACAAACCAUGGAAAACCGAGCACCUAACCCCAAGAAACCGUUUAAUAUGUAGUAGAGAGUAUGGUUUUGAAUGAUGACAUGCUCCCUGAGUAUCACCAUGGGGCUGUCUUUUGGGUAAAACCACCAAAUUUCCCGGAGCAACUAUUAGUUGGUUAGAAUUGGGCAUCACUUUGCUUUCCUCUCUGGGAAUAUGUUUUGGUGUGUUUAAUAAUAUGUAUAUAUGUAAUAAUUAUGCGUUUGGUUUAUCUGAAGGCAAUACAGCCGCUAAUUUUUGUAUAUUUCCUGUAUGGGCUGUAGAUGGUGCUGGUGAGCUAUGGCAUUGCUUGUAUUCAGCUA